AUGUGAGAGCGCAAGAAAGACUCCAAGCGGUUUCUUUGCAGAUUUUUGGAUCUGUGAGGGCUUUAGCCAAUAGGGAUAUCCUAUUAUUGGAUUCAACUCCACGAAGCGAGGAUAAUAAACCUGGGCACCCGAUGCCUGCUAGUACUGGAUUCAACUCCAAGGACGUAUGGGGGUGCUCUGGCUUUAGUCCCACAAAUUUGAAAAGAAGCAACUUUAUACAUGCCGAAGGAUUACAGCAAGGUUUAAAAGAUAUAUCUAUUUCUGACUUGACAUGGCGUGAUCCAAUCGCCAGUCAGCCAUUACAGAAUAUGAAACCUGUCAUACCGGAGAUAAUUCAAGAAAAAUGUAAUGAGUUUGUGGGAAAUUUUAGCAUUGAGAUUUUAGAUGAGUUACCACAUAAGCUCUCCCAUAACAAAACUUGGAAGGAACCGGAAGAAGUUCUAGUAGAGAUUACCAAAGAAAUACUUAAUACCCU